ACCAGUACAAAAAGGUCGAGGAGAAUAAUUGUAAUUAUGAUGGGGAUGGGCAAUCUCCUAGGUCAUGUGGUCAUUGGCAUGACUGCAUGGAGUACUGUUACCUUCCCGCCGGAGCGGUACCUAUUCAUCUACUCACAUUUGCAUGUUUUCGAACUGCUAGCUUGGCAGAACCUGGGGCUAACAGCGGGCGCUCAUUCCGCUCCCCGGAUUCGAACUUGUGACCAUUUGGUCCGCAAGUUCAGCAGCUCAGCGCUUUAACACACUGCGCCACCGGGGGCCCCAUACAUACACACACAUAUACAUACACACACACAUAUCUUUUAGCUUUGGAUCACAUAGGGAAAGGCUAACACUCCUGCAGUGUUUCCUUUGCUGUCCAUGCCUGUUCAGAAGAUUUCACUUCACUUUCUGUCCCUGAUUGAUGCAGCCUGGCAUCGCAUUGGCUUUUUGAGCUACCGCAUUACACUCUUGGCUCAUGCGCCACUUGUGGCCUACUAUCCCUUUCCCAUGUAUUGUAUUCGAGCCAAGUGUCACUUAUCUUAUAUCCAAUGUCCAUUUUCCCGUUUCAGCCAUCAGAACAUCUUGUACACCUCAGCAGAGAAACAGUCCGCUUUGCUCACCAGACUCAAGCAGGAGCAGGCGGAGCUCCACCACUUGCAGAACGUCUGCCGCUCGGCUCACCGGGAGAGGAAACUCCUCUUGAAGCAACAAAGGGAGCUCUUGGCUGUGCAGGCGGCAACCGAACAACUGUGGAAAGAUCUGCACGAGAGAGUCGGGAAAUCCCUCCAGGAGAUUCAUGGCACCCAGGAAGAAGGCGCUCAGGCUCCGCUCAUUGUUUCAAGCUCAAGAAGAGAACAAAGUGUGGAUGCAAACAAUCUUCAUGGGAAGACAGAAGACACCUUGAGGGAAGAGGCAGGCGAAUUCCCCCAGAAGAAGCAACCAGUUCCAGAUGUGGAGAAGACAGAUGUUAUUACAGACAAAAACUUGAAUUUCUGCAGGGAAUACCCCAUAGGUUCAACCCUAACAGACACAGGAUGCAAGGAAACCAAAGGUUAUUUGGUGAAGGAAGAGCAAGAUACAGGCUUGAUGAAGAAUCCCAAAGAAGAACGUCUCUGCAGUUCCAUGGACAAGGCAUUGCAAUGUUCGCAUCCAAUAACCCCUUCUGAUGAAUUAUAUGGUUUUUCGCUUGACUCAGAGAAGCCCCGGUUGGAGUCUGGAUUUCAUACGGCUCGUGCUGUUCUCAUCAAUAUCUCUGGAAGUUCUCCUUCAUCCUUGGAAGAGAAGGAGGACCAAGAUACGGACAUCAGCCUUCCGGAGGAAUUCAUCAUACAGGAUGAGAUGUUUUGUGGAACUCGAGGAAUAAAUACAUCACCGUCUUCUGGAGGAAGAAGUCACACUCAAAUAUAUGGUGGUCCUCCAAAACAGGUUGACCUAUCGACUCUGUGCAUCCAGGAAGGUAAGCCGUUCAAUGAGAAAGCAGAUAGAUCUGCUUUUAUUAUAUUAUCGAGUGAUGGAAGAUCCAAUACAGAUGGGAUGGGAGGAUCCUAUUCUGAUCAAACCGAUGCUGUCAUUAUCAGAAGGGAUGUACCAGAACUAGAGAAGAUGGCUUUCCAAGAAGGUGCUGAAUCUGAAGAUGUUUCAUGGAACGAAGGGUCUUUCGACAACACUAAAGACCCAAAAAAUCAACAAAUCGGUAGCACCAUUGAAGGAGAAGACAACCAUGAAAACCCACCCUGUUCCAAACCUAUGAUGCUUGUUGGAUCUGAAGAUGUUUCACGGAACGAAGGGUCUUCUGACAACACUAAAGACCCGAAAAAUCAACAAAUCGGUAGCACCGUUGAAGGAGAAGACAACCAUGAAAACCCACCCUGUUCCAAACCUAUGAUGCUUGUUGGAUCUGAAGAUGUUUCAUGGAACGAAGGGUCUUCUGACAACACUAAAGACCCGAAAAAUCAACAAAUCGGUAGCACUGUUGAAGGAGAAGACAACCAUGAAAACCCACCCUGUUCCAAACCUAUGAUGCUUGUUGGAUCUGAAGAUGUUUCAUGGAACGAAGGGUCUUCUGACAACACUAAAGACCCGAAAAAUCAACAAAUCGGUAGCACCGUUGAAGGAGAAGACAACCAUGAAAACCCACCCUGUUCCAAACCUAUGAUGCUUGUUGGAUCUGAAGAUGUUUCAUGGAACGAAGGGUCUUCUGACAACACUAAAGACCCGAAAAAUCAACAAAUCGGUAGCACCGUUGAAGGAGAAGACAACCGUGAAAACCCACCUUGUUCCAAACCUAUGAUGCUUGUUGGAUCUGAAGAUGUGAGCACCAUCCAUGGUGAAAUGAAGCAAUUUCCUUCCGAAUCGCAGAAUCCCUCUGACCCUCUGUACAUUUCGGAUGACAGUAAAGGUCGCGCAGAAUAUGCAGUCAGCGAAUCCAAUCUAUACGAAGCCCCGCCGAGCAAUGGUUCCUUAUGUCCCCAAACCAUGGAAGGAACCACAAAACAAGUGCGAAAUUGUCCCACAGUGAGCGGCCAAAGCUCAAAGAGAUCCAGAGAGGUCAAUUCACUCCAAGAUGUGGAGAGAAGUGAAGAAGAUAAAAUACCCAUCCGUGAGGAACAUCCACUGGGAAUAGAGGAAGAAAUCGUUUCUCCUGUGGAUGAAGUGUUAUCGUACGGAAGUAUCGAUCUACCAUCUGCAGUUUCCUUCCCAAGUGGAGAUCUUCCUCCUCCACCUGAAGAAAACGAUGGUGGGUCUGAUAUCAGCCUUGAAGACUUCCCCUCUCCGCCUGAAGAACUUCUCUUCCCGGAAUCAGGAGAGCUUCAAUAUGCCUCCGAUGAAGACACAUCCAUAACAACGAAUGACUUGACUUCCUUAUCCAAUGAUCUUGAGUUGGAAGAUCUGCCAUCGCUACCUCUGGACUCAGCAGAGGUGUCUUUGGGGCAAUGAAUAUGAAAUAUACUGAUGGGGAGAGCAAUCAUUUUGGCCAUUCAGCGCAUCCAAAUUUGAAUCUAGUAGAAUCAGAGAGGUUAAAUGUUUCUGAAUAUUUACAUAAAGCUCAAAUUUAAGAUGAGAUUGUCCAACUCUGAUCAAAUCAUUAUUCUCAUCUUCUUCAAUGUAAAUGUGCUUAUGUAUCCUUUUAAUAAUAACAGAGUAAAAUAAUACACGUAAUAAUAAUAAUAAAUACAGGGAAAUAAUACAUGUAAUAAUAAAUAGAGUAAAAUAAGAAAUGCAAUAAUAAUAAGAUCAGAGUGAAAUAAUAAAUGUAUUAUUAUUAUUAAUAAUAAUAAUAAUAAUAAAAUAGAGUAAAAUAAAUGUAAUAAUAGCAACAGUAAUAGAGAAAAAUAAUAAAUGUAAUAAUACCAAUAAUAAAUGUACCAUAUAUUCUCGAGUAUAAGCUGACCCAAAUAUAAGCCAACCAGGACCCUCACCCGAGUAUAAGCCGAGGGGGGCUUUUUCACUCUUAAAAAAAGGGCUGAAAAACCAGGCUUAUACUCGAGUAUAUACAGUACCUUAAUUUCUGAGCUCUUCCAACAGUAAUCUUUAAGAAAAUAAAUAUGCUUGGAGCAAUUAUGCCAGCGAAGAAAUCUCUAAUUAUUGUAUUUUCCAAUGUGUAAUCCAUAGACUUCUACUUGUUUUACUUUUAAUGGACUGAAGAAAGAUAGUUUAGGUAUUUGAGGAUGAAGGUUUGUAUAAUGAAAGACUUGGGUUGCUGUGAGUUUUCGGGCUGUAUGGCCAUGUUCCAGAAGCAUUCUCUCCUGACGUUUCGCCCACAUCUAUGUCAAGCAUCCCCAGAGGUUGUGAGGCCCAUUGGAAACUAGGCAACUGGGGUUUAUAUACAGUAGAGUCUCACUUAUCCAACAUAAACGGGCCGGCAGAACGUUGAAUAAGCGAAUAUGUUGGAUAAUAAGGAGAGAUUAAGGAGAAGCCUAUUAAACAUCAAAUUAGGUUAUGAUUUUACAAAUUAAGCACCAAAACAUCAUGUUAUACAACAAAUCUGGCAGAAAAAGUAGUUCAAUAUGCAGCAGUGCUACAUAGUAAUUACUGUAUUUAUGAAUUUCGCACCAAAAUAUCAUGAUAUAUUGAAAACAUUGACUACAAAAAUGCGUUGGAUAAUCCAGAACGUUGGAUAAGUGAGACUCUACUGUAUCUAUGGAAUGUCCAGAAUGUCUUGUCUGUUUGCGGCUAGUGUGAAUGUUGCAAUUGGCCACCUUAAUUGGCACUGAAUUGCCUUUCAGCUUCAAAGUCUUGCUGCUUCCUGCCUGGGGGAACCCUUUGUGGGCUAUACAGCCCUGAAAACACACAGCAACCCAGUGAUUCCAGCCAUGAAAGCUUUCGACAACACAAUGAAAUACUUCUUUCUACAUUGAAUGUAUCAUACUUGUCAUGUAUCAUGUAUUUUGCUCAUCUGAUUGGUUAACAAAGUUACUCUUCUGUGCUUUGAAUGUGUUAUGUAAUUGCAACAAAUACCAAACGAAUCCUACAUAAUAUAGGGAUACAUUGCUUGACAACAGUUAACUUCUAUUUAUAAAUAUAAUAUAUGAUAUAUAUUAUAACAGUAAUUAAGAUUAUAUAAAGACCACGCAUCACAGUUUUGAUUCAAGAUCGAUAAAGAAAAUUGAAACACUGAACAAAUGCAUACAAGUGCUGUAUUGGUAUUUCUAUAUUUUUAAAUAAAUAUAUAUAUUAAAUAUAAUUUUUAUUAAGAGAGUAUGUAGAGUGGGGAAGAAUAAAAGAAUGAAUAUAAAGUAGGGAUAUUUUAACAUCCUUUGUUAUUGUCUUCUUUAGAAGUUAUCUAAUCCAAAAAAAAUGAUCUAAAUGAAAAUAGAAAAGUGGGUGUAGAAUGAGAUAAAGCAAAGAAGAUUGAAAAGUUAAGAAAUAAAUAUAUUGUUGCGGUUGA